UCAGAAUAGGUAGAGGUAAAUUGGAGGGAAUGGUGAAAGCUAAAAAGGAAAAAUAUGAAAUUGGAGAGUUGUUCGCGGGAGAGGGAAGUGACACCUAUACAGUCAUCUAUGUAGCGGCUCUGGGGUUGAUCCGGAGAAUCGGGGGAAUACUUGGGCCUCAAUGUAACCAAAAAAAUAGGUUGGCGAAAUUCGAGCCCAUUCUCAUUCCCGUAGCGACGCCAGAUAACUUUUGGUAAAUCUCCCCCGCGAAAGUAAAGCGGUUGAGGGUGAGAACGAGUUCUGCUAAACGGAAAAGAGUAGAGGAGUUGGGUGUGGGGGUCGGGGCGACGUUGUGGGGGAUCACCGUGUAUAGGGAUUUGAUGUCCAAGAUGAACAGGAGGCGUGAGGGGCCACGAGGGAAGGACAAGGAAUUGAAAAGGCAAAUGGCGUGCUAGAAAUAGCAGCCUAUAAGCACCUGUAUAAACUUCUCCCUAACUUUGUAUAAAGCUGUAUAAACCUCUCCCUAACUUUGGAAAUUCUUUAUUUAUGCAGAAUAAAAAUUUAAAAAAAUCCCUUCUAGAUAGGCUAUCUGGGUGGAGUCGCUUGAUCUCAUGGUUAUGCCGAACAUAUCUGGCCUAUCUUUUCUCACCCAGUAUUUUCCUUAAAAGCCUAUGAUAGACUUUCUGGCGGCUAGGACUAAGUCUGAUUCUUCACUAGUUAGCUCAAAGUUUUUUUUUUAUAUAGCGAGCAUUAGUGCUUUAUUGAGUACGAUAGGGUUAAUAGAGGCUUAGUAGAUGGAUAUAUUUAGUUGUAUGAAUUUGUUUUGAUUUUUUCCGGUGAUAUAGUUAAACCGAUCUAUUACCUCGUAUGGACCAGAGGUUAAGUUUUAUAAUGUUCCUUAGUGUUGGUAUAUAUUUAUCUUUGAUACGCUUAUUUAUUCAACCUAGGUCCUAUUUCGAGGGGCAUAUUAGUCUUACAGGGGUGCUCGUGCUGAAGCUUUGCUUGUAGUGUAUUACGCUAAUUCUAGGGGUCGUAGGCUAGUAUGGCUGUUUUUACCUCUAGUUUGUAUUUUUCCAUAAUUUUCUUAGCUUAUAAAUUAAGUUUAGUUAAGUUGUUGGCAUGAGUCACUUUACAGUUUUUCGAUUUUUCUUUUUUUGAGUGGUGUGUGGUAUAAAGAGUAUUUUAAAUGAUACAGAUUACCUGCUUUAUCUGCAUGUACUAGGAUCCCUUUUUUCUUUAGUUCUUUUACUAGCUUUACUAGUGUGUUUAGUUUCUUUAGGUGUUCAUUCUUCCUUAAGAUAUAUGUCAUCUUUACACUUCCUUAAGAUGUAUAGUAUCUCUACACUUUCAUUUUCUAAGAUAGGUGAGGGGGCAUAUGUUUCCUUUGACUUUUGUUUUUUCUUUUGCUUCCAUUUGUUUGUCUUUUGAGUGACAAGUGGAAAUUGGAUCACCAAUAACAAAAACAAUUAAGAGGAUUUCGUGGAAACUAGCUUACGGCAUUCUAGUAGUGUGCUACAGUGUUGCAGGAAACAGGUCAUUCUGUCUAUAUUUAUCCUAUAUAAAUUUUAGGAUUCUGUUUAUUCUCUUCAAUUUGUCUAGCGGUUGUCAUAGAGCGUUCCCGUGCUACAAACCUUGUUCCUUCCGCUUACUUACUCAUAGUUGCAGUACUUAAGUGCAUAUCUGAUUGAAUAUAGAAAAAACUCUCGAAAAUCAGAAAGGAUGUCAUUAUUCACUUAUUUACUGAAGAAUGUAACAACAAACAGUACGGAAUAUAGUGUCACCAUCGAAGAACUUAACAGACAGCAAGUUUUGAUAAGAAUCCCUUCAACCAUUCUUGUUAUAUUAACAAUGACCAUAGGUUUCGUUGGAAACAUUUUAACAGUUUACGUUUACGGAUUUCGCUUAAAACUAUCCCCAACAUACCUGUUUGUCGUCAUGCUGGCUUGUGUAGAUUUGAUACUUUGUGCUAUUGUAUCACCAGGUCGCAUUGUCCAAAAUGUUUACCCCAUGAUGACGACCUGGGACGUACUGUGCAAGAACCAUAUGUGUUUGUCUGUCUUUACAGGUCUUUGUAACUGUGGUUUUCUAGUGUCCAUUUCUGUAGAUAGAUACAGAAAAGUAUGCCAACCGCUGAAGUCUCAGUUGUCAAUGAAAUGUGCUAAAAUUAUAACAGCUUCCAUUCUUAUUUUUUCCACAAUACAGGGAAGCAUUGCUCUUCUAUACUAUGGAAGUAUCAAGAAAUCAACUAAUUAUCCUGAUAUCUAUAGCUAUUCUUGCUCAGCAAAAAAAUCCGAGAAGCCAAACUAUUAUCAACUUGGAUUCUUUGCUUUCUAUCUUCUCUUAACAGUGUUUGCGUUCAUUGAACUCAGUGUAGUUUACACCAUAAUUCUUCGAAAAAUGAAAGUCCAGGAGAAAAAAACUAUUGUAUCACAACAAAAUAGGAAGAACGUUACAAGUGCCCUAUAUUCUGAUGAAACACAACAGAGAUGGAGUAAUAUACCAAAAAACACUGAUCGUAAUCAAUUAGUUUUUAAUGUACCUGUAGAAGCCGUUGAAUUGUCUGUAACAGAAACAUCAUCCGGUGUGUCAUCGGAUGAUACAUCAAACGUAAGUGCAAAAAAUACAAAAAACACUGCACCUAUCGCGAUUAAAUUACGGGAGACGGAUAGCGAAAGACGAGCUAGAGAGCAAACCAAAAGGAUACAGCGCAUUACUGUAACAAUGAUGAUGAUUACUCUAGUCUUUAUAGUGACUUAUAUACCCUGCGUUAUUGCCAUGAUGGUGAACGCUGUAUUGAAAUCCGAAGAUACAAUGUCAGUAACAACAGCUAUAUUCUAUUGGCUCGCAAGACAUACGUUUUACCUUAACUCAAGUUUAAAUCCAAUUAUUUACAGUUGCAGGAAUCAGAAUUUUGUAGACGAAGUAAAAAAGUUGUUAGGAUUAAAGCAGAAAUAAAUAGAAACAAAAGCAAACAUCAAUCUGAAAUAUAAAAUCAGCGAAAGCGAAAUUGCUGUAGCAAACAACAAAUAGCAGUGAUAAAAAUUAAACGCAGAUUCGACGAUUUGUAUUCCAGUUCUUCGAAUCAAAUGAACUACCACUUCCUUGACCUGAGAUUAUGAUACUCAAUGUGCCGGAUCCCAUGACUGCGAAACAAACUUCUCACCACUGUACCAACCACCUACUACUUACAUAGUUUCUUCUUCUUCUUCUUCUUCUUCUUCUUCUUCUUCUUCUUCUUCUUCUUCUUCUUCUUCUUCUUCUUCUUCUUCUUCUUCUUCUUC